AUGGGAAGCGCCAUGGUGGCGACUGUGGUGGGCUACACCACCAAACUGACGAAGGAGGCCGGUGCGUCUUCUGUUCGCCUGCGCCUUGUCCCGGGCCGUCAUGCCCGUCCCGAAGCGCGCAGCUCCGGGGAUGGGGAGAUAGCCACGCCCAGCUGCAGCACGCUGGCGAUUCGCGCUGGAAAUCGCCUGGGAUUUCUGGCCGCCAUUGGGGCAUUGAUUGGCAGUCCAGAAGGUAUCUCCAUGGAGGCGGUGGUCUUCGGACGGCCCAACGAGGCUCUCGUGGAACUGAUGCCACUGGAGGAAGCAACGUUGCAGGAGCUCUAUCCAAUGGGCAGCACUGUUGACGUGCGGCUACUGAGAUCCAUGCCCUUUGAGCAGUUCCAGGAACCUGCGGCGCCCAGCGGUCCCGUCGACACGCCGGCGGAGGCGGCUGCGGAGGCAGAGCCGCUGAGGUCACCCAAGGCGGAGUGGAUGGUGGAACGUCUGCUGCAGCUGGCUUCCAUGUUGGAGUUCCAGUUCGCGCCGCAGGCGCCCGAGGAAGGCGCCUACGAGGGCAGCAGUGAAUGGCUGGACAGCGAGGCGGUCCAGCAGUGGCUGCAGACCGCAGGUCUCAGAGUGAGCCAAUGA